AGUCUGAAUUGAAAGUGUUUCAGUUUCAGAUUAUUGAGAAUAAUGGAAGAAGGGAAGGGGAGCAGAGUGAGAGUUCACUCAAAGUUGAGAGUGAUGUCAAGCACUCCCAUUGAGCCCAAUAAGGUCCAUAAGCUCAGCGCAUUGGACCAUGCAAUGGCUCUCCACACACUCCACGUAAUCUUCUACUACCGAGCCAACCCAUUCCAUGAAGGUCCCAUGGAGCUUGACUUGGAUAACCUCCGGAUUACACUGUCGGACCACCUGUGCCUUUACCCGCCGGUGACCGGCCGGUUGGUCCGGGAUGGGGAGGGUAACUGGGAAGUGAAGUGCAAUGAUGCCGGAAUCAGAAUGGUGAGGGCAAGUGUGGGGGUCACUGUGGAUGAGUGGCUCAGAUCGGCUGAUGCCUCAGAGGAGCGGGAUCUCACGGUCUGGGAAAACAUGCCUCAAGAUCCAAUCUAUUGGUCUCCCCUUAGAAUCCAGCUAAAUGAUUUUGAAGGUGGAGGGCUAGCUAUUGGACUGAGCGUUACCCACACGCACGCAGAUCCAACAAGUGCAACGUUAUUUUUCAAGUCUUGGGCAGAUUUUCACAGAGGCUUGCCAAUUCUUCAUCCUCCCAUUUUCAAUCAUCCCACCGCUAAUCCAAAUUUAAAAACCUCAGAAUAUUAUAUCAAGAAAUGCAAAGAAACAGAAACCCUGUCAACCAAAAUGCCCACACUCACCUUCAGAUUCUCAGGCUCAAGAAUCACGAAAUGCCUGUCCCAAGUCCACCCCAUUUGCCCUGAUGCCACCCCAUUUGAUGUGGUAGCAGCACUCUUCUGGCUGCGAAUCAUGCGCUUCACAUCACCUACUCCCCUCUCUAUUUGCUUAGACUUCAGGACUCACAAAACCAAAGUAAUCCCUUCUCACUACUUUGGCAAUGCUCUCCAUUUCUCAUCACUCUCACUUCAUGCCCAGGCACUGGAGGAUUCUGAGCUAGGCCAUGUCGUAGCGCUCGUGCACAAACACGUGACAGGGAUUGAAGAAGGAGAAUUCUGGUCAGCAGUAGAUUGGUUUGAGUCACAGAAGGGAGAGAAGGGGAAAUAUGCUGCGCCGUUUAGAAUGUAUGGACCUGAAUUGACCUGCAUUAGCAUGGAACAUAUGUCCUGUGCAGAUGAAUCUUUAAUGUACUCUGCCAUGUUUAGGGAGGAGGAGAGGCCAGUCCAUGUGAGUUAUAAUGUGGGAAAUGUGGGUGGGAAGGGAUUGAUUAUGGUGAUGCCUUCACCUGGGGAUAGGGUGGGAAGAACAGUGAUGCUCAGCCUUCCAGAAAACCAGAUUUCUAUCCUUUCUCAAGAUGAAGCUAUUAUGGAACUGGAUCCACAAAUGCUCAUUAGUGGGAGGAGAUAAGCUUGGCAAAUCAAUUUCUUAUGGAAUAACAUUUAUAUUCUCUUAAUAUUUAUUCUCUGAACCAAACAUGUUAUUGAAUGAGAUGAGUUCUCAAAUUACAAGAGUUGUUUGAUUGGAGAAUUGACCAAACAAAAGAUUUGUUGAAAUAAAAUAUGGAAAAUAUUACUCGUA